AUGAGUCUGCAGGCUUUAGGCGUAUGCUGCAACGGCCAUGGCCACCCUCACGACACGGAGCUGCCCUGGCAGCUUCUGGAGGAGCUGGGCAGCGUUCCCUGUAAAAGCAAAAGUGUCGUGUUUGAUCUGUUAGCUUGUCUGUCGGUUGCUGCUGGAGCAUCUUUGGAGUGUGCGUUUGAGCCCCUCCUGGCCCCAUCGGGUGGGGCUUGGGGCUCCCAGAACGGGGGGCGGGUGGCCUUGGAGCAGUGGUCCCCCAAAGGCCGUUUCGCGGUGGUACUGCGGAGCCGUGGAGAGGAGCUAAUUGGAUUUGUUGUCACCUCGCGAAGCUGCCAGGAGCUCACGUCUGCUCUGGUUACAGAUGAAGACAUCACGGUGACAGGCUCAGAGACAGCUCAGCUGGCAUCCCAGGCCACUAAUAGAGCCAUGUUGAUUUAA